AGUUUCAUUUGUUCUUUCAAUCAUCAAACAUCGUCAACAAUCAUGGCUUUUGUGCUAAUUUUGUUGUUGGCUAUUGCAGUCGUUUAUUUGUUGAAUCAAUAUUUGUUCAGUUAUUGGUCAAAGCGUGGGAUCAAACAGCUUGAACCUUCAUUUUUCUACGGAGAUGGUGGCGAUUUAAUAAAGUUUAAGAAGUCAAUGGGAGAAUUCUUUAAAGAUAUUUACAGCAAACAUAAAAAUGAACGGAUUGUUGGUGUUUAUAUUUCUUACAAACCUGUAUUAGUCGUCACAGAUCCGAAGCUUGUUCAGGAUAUUUUGAUCAGAGAUUUCACAACUUUCCACGAUCGUCCAAUGCCGGUAGAUGAAAACAAAGAUCCCAUCUCGGGUCAUCUGUUUAACAUUGGUGGACAAAAAUGGCGAGAUUUGCGCGUCAAAUUAUCGCCAACAUUUACGUCCGGCAAAAUCAAGGCCAUGUAUCCAAUCAUAAAAAAUGUUGGAAAGGUUCUUGAAGAUUAUUUAGAUGAACAAGUGAACAAAGGUGUAAACGUUUUCGAGUUUCGUGAUCUGAUGGCACGUUUCAACAUUAACAUUAUCUCAUCAGUAGCUUUUGGGAUUGACAAUGAUUGCAUUAAUGAGCCAAAACAUUUUUUCCGUCAAAUGAGUGCCAAGAUAUUUGACCCCAACUUAAUGAACGGAUUAAGAGCGCUGAUUACUCUGCUCGCACCGACAUUAUUUCAUAAACUUAAUAUGCGAAUCCUCGACAGAGAUGUUGAAGACUUCAUAUUUUCAGUUGUAAAGCAAACUGUUGAAUAUCGUGAGCAGAAAAACUUUUCACGUAACGACUUCAUGCAACUUUUAAUUCAAUUAAAGAAUCAAGGAUAUGUGUCAGUUGAUAAAGGCGAAAAAGAUUCUGAAGAAAUGAAAAAUCAUUCGGACACUAAAAGUAAAUUAACUUUGAAUGAAAUUAUUGCACAAGCGUUCGUGUUUUUUGUUGCUGGAUUUGAAACUUCAAGCUCCACAUUACUUUACUGUUUGUUCGAGUUGGCACGACACAAAGAAAUUCAGCAGAAAGUUCAACAAGAAGUUGAUAAAGUUUUCAAAACGUCUGGUCCCGAUGGUGUUACUUACGACAUGUUAAGUGAGCUAAAGUAUCUCGAAUGUGUUAUUGAUGAAACAUUACGAAAGUAUCCAAUUCUUCCUGUUCAUGUUCGAACGGCAAAUCGUGAUUACAAGAUAGCAGAUAGUAACAUUGUCAUACCAAAAGGAGCUUCCUUAUGGAUUCCAGCUCUGGGAUUUCAUCGCGAUCCUGACAUUUAUGAAAAUCCCUUGGAGUUUAAACCUGAAAGAUUCUUAAACUCGUCUAAUGGAGAUGGAAAGGCCACAGGUGUUUUCUACACUCCAUUUGGCGAUGGACCAAGAAAUUGCAUUGGAAUGCGACUUGGAAAGUUGACCACAAAAAUUGGACUUUCAAUCAUCUUCUCAAAGUUUAAUCUUGAAUUAAAUGACAAGGAAAUGCAAGACGGAGAAUUAAAGUUUCAUCCAAAUCAGUUCGUUUUAACGCCGUCCAAACUUUUCAACAUGAAAAUUAGUCGACGUUAAAUCGAGGAAAAUGAAAAUUCUUUUUUCCCUUGAAAACAACUGAGAAAUUUUCCUUUGAUGCAGCAACUUAAAAAAGCUUUUUUUUAUUAUUUUUUCCUUUUGCAACAUUACAGAAACAAUGACUCAAGAUAUUCUUGGAAAAAUUCCAGCAUUGUUUAAAUAACGGAGCUUUCCAUAAAGCUCCAUGAAUUAAACAUUUUUCCAUCAGAAGAGAGACAUUAUUUGUUAUUUAACAUUAAAAGCAUAAAUUUUGAAUGAGUUUUCUUGUUUUUGCCGAGAUCAAAAAAUCGUGUGUCCAAUGGCUUGUCAAAUUUCCUUUAAAUCACUCUCGAAUCUUCAAUCGGAUAUUCAAUGCUUCUGUCAUGUAAAUCAAGUGAAGAUGGAAUUAACUUCAUUUGAUCUCUCUUUCCAUUGGGCCUAAAUGGCAUACACUCGCCCCAAUAACAUUUUCUUUCACCAUUCACAGUUAUACAGCCAUUGCAUUUUUUAUCACAACCUUUUGGAUAAGAUUUAAUAAAUAUCUUAUAAUGUCACAUU